AGGACCCGCCAGCUGAGCCCGCUGCCGCCGCCGCCAUGGGCCAAAACGACCUGAUGGGUACGGCCGAGGACUUCGCCGACCAGUUCCUGCGAGUCACCAAGCAGUACCUGCCUCAUGUGGCACGACUCUGCCUGAUUAGCACCUUCUUGGAGGAUGGCAUCAGUAUGUGGUUCCAGUGGAGUGAGCAACGUGACUAUAUUGACACCACCUGGAGCUGUGGCUACCUGUUGGCCUCAUCCUUUGUGUUCCUCAACCUCCUGGGACAGUUGACUGGCUGUGUUUUGGUGCUGAGCAGGAACUUCGUGCAGUACGCCUGCUUUGGGCUGUUUGGAAUCAUCGCACUGCAGACAAUUGCCUACAGCAUUUUGUGGGACUUGAAGUUUCUGAUGAGGAACCUGGCUUUAGGAGGAGGUUUGCUGCUGCUCUUGGCAGAGUCCCGCUCAGAAGGGAAGAGCAUGUUUGCUGGUGUUCCCACCAUGCGUGAGAGCUCCCCCAAGCAGUACAUGCAGCUUGGAGGAAGGGUCCUGCUGGUCCUGAUGUUCAUGACCCUCCUUCACUUUGAUGCCAGCUUCUUUUCUAUCGUCCAGAACAUUGUGGGCACAGCUCUGAUGAUCUUAGUAGCCAUUGGUUUUAAAACCAAGCUGGCAGCUUUGACUCUCGUCGUCUGGCUGUUUGCCAUCAACGUGUAUUUCAACGCCUUCUGGACAAUCCCGGUCUAUAAACCCAUGCAUGACUUCCUGAAGUAUGACUUCUUCCAGACCAUGUCAGUGAUUGGAGGCCUGCUCCUGGUGGUGGCUCUUGGCCCAGGGGGUGUCUCCAUGGACGAGAAGAAGAAAGAGUGGUAACAGACAGAUCCCUCCCCUCCCUGGCUGAGGCACAAGGCCCUGGACUGGUUCAGGGUAGACAACAAACUGCCAGCGUUUAUGUGUCCUCUUCCCUUCCCUUCCUUUGGUAAAGGCACAGAUGUUCUGAGAACUUUAUUUGCAGACACCUGAAAACUGAAGGUAAAAUCUGCUUUGGAAACAGUCUGGAGUCUAACUAUCCAGGGCUGGGCAGCUGGAUGGUCAUUCCUUAGCCAAGGAUUCGAGUAGACAGUGUGGUGGGCUAUGGCCUCAAUCCUGUCUUUGAGUUUCUUUUGAGGGAUGAGGGCCUUCAAGUUGUACUGAGCUAUACUUUAUCAUUCAAAGCAGUUUCCCUUUUAGUUUUAAGUUUACAUCCUUAGCUCAAACUACUAAAUGACUUAGGAUGGUCCAGCCAAACACCAAACAGUUGAAACCUCCAGUUCAGAAUCCUACCAGUGGCCCAGCAUUGCUUCUGCCCCUGUAUUUUAUAGGAUCAAUGAAGAUGUUAGAGAAACCCCAAGCCUAGAGAAUAGUAAAGUAUUGGAGAGGUGGCUGCUACUGCUGGCCCAAGUCCUUGGUGUCAGCUGGCUGAAUGCUGUUUCCUGGGUCAAAGGUACCCUGGCUCCAAGCAGGGAUGGGAUGGGUCAGGGGUAGGAAGUUCUUGGAAAGCUGCUGGUUUAGGUACUGCUAUCCCCUCCAGCUUGGUGGUGGGAAGGGCAGGAGAUCCAGCUGCUCACAGGAUGGCCCACCACGGAACCAGCUUGGGGAGCAGUAAUGCCAUGGGGCCCAGAAAUGAGGAGCCCCAGUACUGAAGUGACACCCAGGCUCAACCCAGUUACCUCACACUUGACCUUCUCAGAGCAAGGCCUGGACCCCACAGACCGUGCUCCCCCCAGCUUAACUCCUUGUUCCAGGCUGAGUUUACCCCAUCGACAGCCCUGAUGACACCAUUUCCCUGAGGCUGUUGCUUGCUCAGAUUUUUGUCAACUUGCUCUGCUGGAUGCAGCCAAGAUACUUUUUACAAUUUGUGAUGCCUUACCAAUUUGAUCUCAGUCCUGUAUUUAAAGUUUUCUAACAUUGCCUUAAAAAAAAAAAAGAA